AAAAAAAAACAUCACUUUCUUCAAGCGGAUGAAAAAUUCAAAGAUUUGGUACAAUUGAGUCACCACCACCAUAAUAACAUACGCGUUUGAGUUCCCAGAUGUGAUCUCCAUCCAACGUUGUAUUUCUUUCGCUUUGGUUAUCUUCUUCAAUUCCAUCGAAUUCCAACAAUUCUCAUCGAGGAAUUUUGACCCGUCUCUAUUCUAUGAACGUCAUUUUGACUCAUCCUGUCUUUCUCUUCGCCAUUGAUUCUGAGCUCGAGACAAAUCCUCUUUCUCUGCUUAUAGAUACCCCAAUCAAGAAGAAGUAAAAGAUGCAUCCUCCACUUACACCACAUAGACAUCCAAUGUGUCUUGAGAUAAUUGAGGAAUUUCAAAAGUGUCAUAUAGAUCAUCCGAUUGGGAAAUUCUUCGGAGAAUGUACAGAGCUGAAAGUAAAGCUUGAUCGAUGUUUCCGCCAAGAGAAAGCUGUGAAGCGGAAGGUGAAUUUCGAACAAAGCAAGAAACUUCAAGAAAGACUGAAAGCUGUAAGGAAAGAAGAAACCGCAGAGACUUGAUCAUCCUUGAAAUCGAUUGCUACAGAGAACAUUGAAAGUAGCCAUAGAUUCUCUUUCCUGGAAUCCGAAUCAUGCGUCGAUCAUUCUUGUGCAAAAAAUCGAAAUCCUAAGAAAACACACCAAGCGCAAGAGUAGACGAAGGUGUCAUGCUCGUGAACAAGAUUGGAACUGGAGAUGGAAUUAGAAAAGCUUUCGUCUUCACGGUGAUGACUCUAUUAAAUUGAAAGGAAAAAAAACACAGGACAGCUGAAUAUUUUUUGAUCUUACGGCUUUAUUAAUAAUAUAAACUGUAUGAAGAAGCACUGGGCGUUUAUAAAUCGUUUCAUGGGCUUUUUAGCUAUUGGGUUGUGUGUAUUUUUGGGCUUAUUAUAAAAAAUAGUUAAUGAAUUUUUGAAA